UAUGCACUCUUUUUAAUUAAGUUCUGGUGUAAAAUGAAAACAAACAUCUAACAAAAAAUUGUCUAUACAAAUCUUGUUUUUAGACUAAUUAUAUGAUUAAAGAAAAAUCUGAAAGGGUUUAGGCUGCUGCAUUACAAGAAUAACGCUUCCUGGCUUUUAGUGAACUACAUUACCCAUGAAGACUUGCUCCCGGCUCUGAAUCUUACAGGAUAACGCAUGAAUCCUUCAACGUCAAAGCAUCACAUGCAUGUUUGGCAUUUGAACGCAUAAACUCAGAUCACCACGCUGAUAUUGAACUGCAGACAAUGACUGUGAGGGCUUUUCUGUUCAGGCUGACAGAUGGCGUGAAGCAGAUGGGCGGAAAAUAGGGCACGCAAACACAUCGCGACGCACGCGUCUGCGCUUAUCGAGAGACGCACGCAGAGCGAGGCACGAUGGUGGACAACCGGCACGCCACGGCUCUGGUGAUCGCCGGUGUUCUGAGCGUGCUGGCGUCCGUGUAUCUGUCGGUGUCGGUCGGCUCACCGCACUGGUUCCGGUAUCGGAGUCCGCCGGUGCGCGCGGAGCCUAACGCCUCGGAGAUGCGCGCGCUGCGAGACGAGUUUCUGGACGCAGACUUCGACGAGAAGAGCGUCAGCGAUGCGCUGUUCCGCAUGAACGGGACGCUCGGGUUGUGGUGGAGAUGCGUCCAGACGCCCACUGACGCGCACUGGACCAGAGAACCCGAACCAAAGAUGGGGAUGGAGUGCGUGAGUUUUACUCUCUCUCAGCAGUUUACUCCUAAAUACAAAGAACCUGGAAACCACAACAGCGGAGAAGAUCUAAUACGAACCUAUCUGUGGCGCUGUCAGCUCCUGCUGCCGCUGGUGUCUCUGGGUCUGGUGGUUCUUGGCGGUUUGCUGGGGUUUUGUGCUUGUCUGUGUGGCAGUCUGAGCCCAGCACUCUUCAUCGGUCUCCUGCAUUUGCUCGCAGGCCUGUGUUCUUUGGCGACUGUGUGCUGUUUUCUGGCCGGGAUGGACCUGCUGCACCGUGUGUCUGUGUUGCCGGAUCACGUGGACGGAGCGCUGGGCUGGUCGCUAUAUCUGGCGCUCAUUACAUCUCCGCUGCACAUGAUGGCGGCUGCGCUGCUGGUGUGGGCCGCUCGCAGCCACAGUCAGAGCUACUACCGCAUGACAGCCUACAGAGUCGCGUAAUCACUCCAGUAGAUCCCAAACUGUGACCCUGAGGAUCUUAUACAUAAAUGUGAUCAGUGUGUUAAAGAGAGACACCUACUAGUGAGAGAAACAGUCUUGUUCUGAGAAUGUAAGCUGCAGCUGCAAGAGAUAAUGAGCCCUACAAUCUGUGUGUGUUCUUGUUUAUGCUAUAUUGGGACCAAAUGUCCCCACAAGGAUAUUAAAACCUGAAAUUUUUGGCAUUGUGGAGACAGGCCUGGUUUUCUGUAAGGGGUAGGUUUAGAGGAUAGAAAAUAUUGUUUGGUCCGUAUAAAAAACCCCCAAAACAAUUCUCUAUGGAAAGCCCCUACAAUUCACAAAAACAAAUGUGUGUGACUCAGUGCAUAUUCAUGAUGGGAGGUUCCAAAAUUCAGCCCUUUGUUAAUGGUGGGGAAAACGAGAAAAGAUCUGAUCAUAAACUGUAUUUUGCAUGUUUUUGGACUGAUGUUUUGUCCCUGUGACAACAGGAUAACCGUUUCUCUGAUGGCAUAUUGUCCACUAGGAAGUCAUGAUAGAAUCCUUAAGAAAAGUAUAUUUAAUAAAUAUGUUUUGGGUAUAUUUUUAAACGAUCAUUUAUACACGUUAAUGUUUGGCGAAUGUUAGCUUUGGACCUUAAUGCAGGUGUGUGUUGACUGUUGCUGAUGUGUUUAGUGUGUAACUGAUAAAUGAACAGAAACAGAAUCUAAACUCCAGCAACAGCUCUCAAACGAAAGAACUUAAGAGUGUGUGUUUUAUAUUUUGUGCACCGAUCUACUUUCACAUUUAAGUUUGUGACGUGAUCUGGGAUGUAGAAACAUCCAAUAGCUUGACUUCUCUUGUGUUUAGAGUCAGUAAUCCAGCUAUCCUAAAGCGUGCUGAUUUUUUAUUUAUUGAUGUUAUUUAUUACUAGAAUUCAUAUUUAUAUAUUUAUUUCUGUGCAGUACAUUUAUUCUUGGUGAUUGCUAGCAUGCGUGGUGAUGUAUCAGUGCUUGUUGACGGUUCAUUCUUCACACUGGAGAUGGCGUCAGGUGCAUUGUGGGAUACAGUGUCUCACACAGUGCUUUGUUGUGUAAUCACACACUGACCAGUGUAGUUGGUGAUCUGUGUCCAUGCUUAUAAAAACAUCAUCUGUGCACUAUUUACACAAUGAACUUGUUUUUAAGAUAGCUUAAAGCUAGCUGUUUUUCAUACAUGCAGUGUUCCCUGGCAUCAGUAAUAAACUUGUCUUGAGCUCA